CCCCCCCCCCCCAUUAAAUGUGUUGCUGGGUGCAUUACAUAACACAAACUGUCAACUGUGUGAAUAUACUUUCUGGUAUGUAAGAUUCAUCUUCUCUCCUUGAUAGUCGUUUUAGAUCAAGUAAAAAAAAUGUUCCAGUACAACUGAGUGCAUUGUGCAAUGCUAAGAGUCCCUGAAAAUACUUAAAAGUACAUACAAUACAUAAAUAUUGUAUGUAGAUUGAAGUGCACUUAAAGCAAAUCAUUUUCAUCCAUAUGCUGUGCAUAGUGUGUCCACUAGAUGUCGCAACUGCAUUACACGUGUUUGGUCGCUAUAGAAACAACACUCAAAACAUUUGGACGAUAUAAUACAGAAACAGCUAUACAAUCCCGGAAAAACAAACCAUCUCGGUUAAUAGAAGCUAUGUGAAAAACAACAACAAAAAAAACCUUGCUGCAAUAACACAAGGGCAGAAAGCCAUGGAAGGUCCUCCAAGUCUAAAACAUCGAUAUUCAACUGUCUGCAAAGAAUUGGAGUUGCCUAACAAUCUAUCCAUUAUCCACGUCCUGCGAGAAUUGGAUGACAAAGAGGCUCCAAAAUCGAUUUCUGAACGUGGGAUCAACAUUAAAAUUGCUGGUAACAGUCGACUCGUGUCAGUCCAGAGGAUAUCGGACAGCGAUGUUGAGGCUCUCACCCGCACUCUGAGUAACAACGUGUUUGUGACAGGUCUAGACCUGCGAUACAAUAACGUGACGGACACAGGAGCACAGCAUCUCAGUAAACUCUUGCAGGAGACUGUUGCACUUCGCCACCUCAAUCUUAUGUUUAAUGAUAUUGGGGCCAGUGGCGCAGAAUCCAUUGCUGAGGCACUACAUGUGAACGAGACUCUGAAAAGCCUCCAGAUGACUGGCAAUAAGAUUGGCAACAAAGGGGGGAUGCACUUUGCUGCAAUGCUGCAGAUUAAUAAUUGUUUAGAAGAGCUGGAUCUUGGAGACUGUGAUCUGGGUACUCAGAGCUUGAUCGCCUUGACUACUGUCCUGAAUAACAAUAGGACCAUCCGUGCCAUCAACAUGAACCGGCCUCUGCUCUACAGCCAGCAGGAGGAGAGCACAGUGCACAUUGCUCUGAUGCUGAAAGUGAAUAAAAAUCUCAAAGAGCUGCAUCUGGGAAAACACGAGAUGAAGGAUUUUGGUGUGGAGAGACUCUGUGAAAAACUGACUUCAAACUUCACUCUACGCUACCUUGAUCUCCGCUGCAACAAUAUAACCCGGGAUGGGGCUAAGUGCCUGGCAGAGCUGCUAAAGCUGAACACUGCUUUGAAGAUCAUAGACUUGACUGCCAACAGAAUAGAGGACGAAGGAGCAAUCUACCUCAGCGAAGCCAUUGCUUUGAACACCAAUCUCAAAGCGUUGGCAAUUCCAAACAACAACAUUGGAGGGAAAGGUCUAGUAUCCCUAACCAAAGCAAUGAAGAUCAACACAACACUGUCACACAUCUACGUAUGGGGAAAUAAACUGGACGAACCAACGUGUGUGGCAUUCUCUGAUCUGAUUAAGAGCGGGCGUCUCCUUGAGAAAAACACGGACGUGUCUCCCUAUGACGUGGAUGGGCAUCUUCAUCCAGCUGAGCUGUUUCAUGGAUUGCAGAGACACUACUACCUGACACCCAGCUAUGGGCAGGACCACGAUUCAGCCUGCAAUUCUGCAUUGUCAGAGGAUCUGUAGAAACAUAUACCAUCGUCUCCAACCAGAUUGCUUUCCAAUGUCUUUAAGCUGUUUGUUUCUUAAUUAAAGUAUGGUUGUUAUAA